AUGAGCAGCAUCCCACAGGACUUGAUCGACCCAAAGCAAAUCGCCCUAUUCGAUGCCAUAGACAGGGUUUCCGGCUUCCAAGGCAUUGAUCCCCCCGAACUGGUCGUCAUCGGGGACCAGAGCAAUGGAAAGAGUUCAGUCUUGGAGGCCAUUGCUCGCUUCCAGUUCCCUGUUCACGAUGGCCUCUGCACACGGUUCCCAAUCAAACUUAUCCUGCGGAGAUCCAAGGAAGAGCGAACCUACAUCUCGAUUACCCCUGAGCCUUCGCGAACAGUGGAAGAGAAAGAACUGCGUGAGUUUGCCCGUCAGAUCCCGCCGCAUGAUGAUCUGAAGGCAUGGAUCGAGAGAGCCGCGACUGUGAUGAACGUGCCAUCCACCGUGAAGAAAUUCUCAGACGAUGUUCUUGUCAUCAAGAAGUACGGGCCAGAUCUCCCCUGCCUAAGCUUACUGGACCUGCCCGGUCUGUUCCGAGUGGAGACGGAGAACCAAGACAGGGCGAGCCGUGCUCAAGUCGAAGCAAUGGUUCAACGGUACAUUAAAUCACAGCGCAACAUCGUCCUGCUAGUUGUCAGUGCCCAAUCGCCGUUCAAUACACACACUGCCCCGGAAACGGUGCAGAAACUCUUGAGAGACGACCCAGGCUUGGCAGAGCGAGUGGUUGGUGUUCUUACCUGUCCCGAUAUGGCACAGUCCCCCGAUGAGGCUAUCAGUCUCCUAAAGGGCCAGGUCUACUCGGAGCUAUCAAAGCACCCUUGGGUAACCGUCAAAAACCAAACAAAUGACGAGAGGGAGUCGCGGGAGACCCUGGAGGAACGAGACUUGAAAGAAGAAAUGUUUUUCUGUGAGGGAAGGUGGCAGUCUGUUCCUCAAGCACAAAAGGGCAUCAAGGCACUGCGAACGACCCUGAAGGAAGUACUUUGGACGCACACCCGCCACGAGCUGCGAGGCCUCAUUGACGAAGUACGAAGGGAAAUCGCGAAAUCGGAAAACGCCAUCGCUGGGUUUGGUCAGCCCAGAGACACCAGGGAGGCUCAACGCGCGUAUCUCUCCAAUAUCGUCGGGAAGUUUCAGAAGCUCGUGAGGGAGGGCGUGGAUGGGUCAUACAGAAAUGAGGACUGCAAGAAGUCGCACUUGACCCAGGAGAGUUGCCCGGAUUGCACGCCCUUCUUCCCCCGGUUCGGAGACAACAGCCCCGAGAGCCAGGAGAGGAGACUCUGUUCUAGGGUGAGAGCGUUGUGCAGAGCUUUCGCAAUUGCUAUGCGAAGGUUUGGCAAGACAAAGAUUGUAGUCUACGACGCUGAAGGCGGUGGCGCGAUCGACGGGGCAAGUAAUGAUGAAGAAUUGGGAGAGCGGAGCCUUCUCUCUCCUGACACGAUCAAGGAGUUCUAUACCCACGAGGAGCCCUCCCGCACCGACCCAAGGAGCUACGAGCGAUAUGUUGACGAUCAAAUUGAGCAAUGGCGCGGUGGUGAACCACGAGGAGAGUCAAGCCAUAGAGUUUAUACAGGCUUGUUCGAGGAGCAGUCGGACAAGUGGCUCAACAUCGCCACAAAACACCUCGUGGCCACCUGGAAAUCCGUCAGGAGGUUUGUUGAGUUGGCACUCGCCGCCGCCUGCAGUGACUCUGAAUUACGCGAUUCACUGAAGAAGCACACCAUAGACCCACAGCUGAAAGAGCUAGAGCAGGAGGCUACCAAGGACAUGAAGAACCUCCUUCAUUGUCAUGAUCAUGGCAUGUCAGGCUUCUACGACAGCUUCAUCGAUUUCCAGCGUAUCCAGCCGCACACCAGAGAUUUCGCCGGCCGCCUGGCCCACAGCCUCCUAGACGGUUACGAAACCGCGGCUGCGGGCAAGUCGGGUGGCUUUGACAGCUGGUACCAAACUAUCGGCGAGGCGCUUCUCAAUACGAUCUUGCCGAAGAAUGGUUUGUUCAUCAACGAUGUCGUUAGAGGCGAGCUCGUUGGAAUGGUGCGGGGCACGUUGGCGCAGCUGGCGGAUACGUCGUCGAACACUAGCCCGAUGGCUGAAGGAGCGGCCAUCAAAUUGGCCGCGCAAGUUGGGUCAACCGCUUCCAAACGGGUUAUCGAACACGUGGAGACGUACUACGAGAUCAGCAUGCUGGCUUUCGUGGGAUACGUCAAUGCCCUUGUCAUCGGGAAAGGUAUAUUGCAAAAGCUCCCGGACACCAUUCUCACUCACGAGCUCGUUGAUGGUCUCGACGCUGAGACGCUGAAGUAUAUCGCGGGAGAGACAACGGAUGUGACCGAAAAGCGGGAAAAAGAGAAGCAGAAUCUCGAGGUUUUAAAGGGGGUCUUGGACACCUUGACGGCCUUCCAUGGAUAG